UUCCCUGAGUUUGGUGGCCUGCUUCUGGAGUGCUCAGUUCUGCUGCCGACAUGCUCACCCAGCUCGAGACGGCCAUGGACACCAUGAUUAGAACCUUCCACCGCUAUUCUUCCAAGGAAGGGGACAGAUUCAAGCUCAGCAAGGGGGAACUGAAACUGCUCCUGCAACAAGAGCUCACGGAAUUCCUCUCGUGCCAAAAGGAUCCCCAGUUAGUUGAUAAGAUAAUGCAGGACCUGGAUGCCAAUAAGGACAACAGAGUGGAUUUUAAUGGAUUCGUGGUCAUGGUGGCAGCUCUGACAGUUGCUUGUAAUGAUUACUUUGUAGAAUAA